UCAGGUUUCAGGAAGACGGAAGUGCCGGUCGCUCAGGGUUAGCGCGCGUUUUCAAAGAGAUUCAACGAAAUGGAGGAAAAUCCGCCAAAGUCCAAACUGAAGCGGAGGAAGACGAGUGUGGAGAAGCCGCAGGCGGAGACAGGUUCCCGGGACAGAGAGAGGAGCAGGGACAUCACAGAGGAGAGCCGUGGGUCAGUGAAUCCGGCAGCAGCGUGGUGGAGCAGAGAGGAGCUGCCUGCAGUGGAGAGUCUGUGGGCGAUCACACUGAAGUCUGCUCUGCCGUACCUGCAGGACCAGCACUGGCACCUGGUCCCUGAUCUUCCACAUCCAUCUGCAGCGAGACCUGCAGCACAACAGUUAGGUGAACAAUGGUGGUGUGACCUCAGAGAAGAGGUGGCCCCUCUCCCAGAACCCGGUCCACCUUCUCCGAGGACUUUGUCGAGUCCGGAUCCUCUCGGACUCUGCUCCCCUCAGCAGGAUGUCUCAGUACACACCGAACCUGCAGUGCACACCUCUGACACACAGUUCUCCUCUCACAGCAGCCAUGCUGGCAGAACAGCACCACCUCGAGCCCUCGCCAAAAGACAGUGGUCAUCCCUCCAUAACCGAGAGGAAGCGGCAUCAUCAGCAGGAUGCUCAAGUGUUAGGGGAGAGGAGGGGAGGAAAGGAGGAGAGCAAGAUGAAGCCGUUGGACCGGUGAAAAGACUGCUUCUCACAAAGCAGGUGAAGGAGAGAGGAAAUGAGGAGGAGGUUGUGAUGGAUAAAGAGAAAGAGGAGGUGCUGGGGAGAGCCAGAGGAGAUGAAGGAGCAGCAGCAGCAGGAGGAGGAGGAGGAGGAGGAAGGCUGCAGUGCUGCCCCAUGUGCCUUCUGGUGUUUCCUGUUGGGUUCACACAGAUGGACUGUGACGGCCACCUGGCCCAGUGUCUGUCGGAGUUGAACGUGGACAUGACCUGGUGAGCCCACAGGUGGCUACACUGGCUGCCGUCCAGGAGCUGCAAGCAACCCAGAUGCCCCGCGCUCUACAGGAUCACACUGUACGGUGGACACACCCAGAGCACAGGGAGCGCUCAUACUCAGUGAUGUUCUGACACCUUACACAGGCCGCACACUGACAGGGGAACUCCUGCUGGGACAGUGACAGCAUUCAUAUGUUCCUGAGAGGGGUCUUUUUGAGAAAUUUCCAUCUGGCUUUGGUCACAUAAUGAUGGCACCUCUCAGAGGACCCUGCUGUCGUAUUUCAAUUUACCCUCUUUAGACACUAGAUCCCACUAAAUUUGGCUCCACAUGAUGGUUUCCACUUGCCCUCUGGUACUUUUGAUACCAGCCAGUAGAGAGGAUCUCCAAACUAAAGAGACAAUUCAAUCCAUCACAUCCUCCUCCGGGAGCUACUUCAUAAGUACACAUUCGACUGAUUGAUUGAAAGACACAGUUGUUUUCUCAGAAGAAACACUUUUGAAUUAGACAACUGCAAAUACAUAACCACUGACUAAUAUUAGGCCUAGAAAGUAACAGACAUGAACUCCAGAGGAUGUCUGGAGAAUUGGGUCUUUUUCCACGUGUUGCCUUUCACACAUAAACAACAGAGCAAACAACAGCACUAAAUUCUGUGUGCGUGCAUGACAUGCAUGAACAAUUUCACUUUAAUCAGAAAUAUUCUAUAAUAUAUUCUGUCUUUCUGUCAUGUUCUUCCUCUAAAUGUACUUUAUGUGAAGUGUAGAUGGUUAUGAAUGUGCACACUGGCCUUGAUAUGCACUGUAGAGUGACUGCGCUGCAGAGUUUUCCCAUGAAUUUCUAUAAAGAGUUUAUUUUUUACCAAUCAAUAAAAAAAAGAUAAGGAUGUUUGAAGAUGAAAAGUGGUUAAUGGUCUGUAUGAACAGAGUAGGUGCUGAUCAGAGAAAUACACACACAUGACCUCCCCCACACACACCGACACACACACACAGCAGAUUGUUCUGCUGUCGUCUUCAAAAAGGAAGGAGUCCGUUCACGGAAAACCAGUAUCAUUUUUAAUAAUUACACAUAUUUACAAAGAUGCGGUGAAGCAAAAUAAAGCAUUCCCCACCAGCGGUAUGUUACAGCUGAAAACAAGGGCCAUGUUCAUUCAUUUUAGACGAGGACUCUGUUUUAAAAUGGCCUUCACUCUUGUGUACUGUGGUUUCAAGGACUCCCAGUUCAUCUAUUGGUCCCUUCAGAAAAAAAGAAUGAAACGAAUGUUUCACCUGCUGUGUAAAAACAUGACAUUAACAAAGUUCAGAGGGUCGGAGGACGAAGCUUCCUUCAACGUUGAAGUGAUUUCCAGCUUCUUCAAGUGUGUGUGUGCGUGUGUGUGUGUGUGUUCAGUGUGGUGAACUAAUCGGUGACUGUGGAACUGCUUCUUUAUCUCUCCUCUCUCUAUCUGUUCCUUGCCUGACUGUAAAGGCCCUGCAGCUAAUUGAGACCCUUUGACUCAGGAUCAUCUAAUUAAUCCUAUUACGUUGUUAUCUAAUUAACACGGGUCAGAUUUUAUCAAACACUUCUCAGCCAACACACAGCUGUCUUUCCUCACAAGUGCACAGACAGCGACCAACACAAAGCUUGUAUGAGAAGCGAUUUUUUUUUUUUUUUUUUAAAUCCGUGCUCACGAUUGAUAUUCACAGAUGUGUUGUGCAUGUGUUUGAUUUUACCAGCACAAGGCUCCUACACUGUGCUGCUUGCUGUGUAUAAAUGUGGCAGUGUAUGAGGUCAAACCUGCCGGAACUACAAACAGCCUAAAACUUCCCUGUAUACAAAUAAGCUCAUGGCUUCUCGUCGUUGUUGUGGUUGAUGGAGUACACCUUGCACCUGCGCAGCAUCAGGCGCAAUGAGAAUUGUGAUUAAAAACCCUCUGAUGAAUGAAAACUGCAGGGCCGAGCAACAGCAUGGAACUGAGCCUGCAAACAACCGGUGCUGGAGAGCUGAGCACUGUGUCAGGCUGACUUUACACUGGGCAACUGUCUCUUAUUGAUUGUGGCUCCGACUGAUGCUGAAGCUUCAGUAUCAAUAACAAACUGCAAAUGUAAACAUGGUUAACUCAAUUAUUAUAAGUCAACUUUGUAAAAGAAGGAUGUCUAAAUAAAUUAUAACCUGAUGUGAGACAUGUUUCCUGAUUUAAAUUGAGACAUGUGUGACCUAAUUAAGCAUUUGACGCCAACUUUUGAUAUUCUGUCUGGAUAUUUGAUUGUGGUCGAUACUCAAUAAACAACAGUUCUGUUCAGCAGCGGUGCUCCUGAUGUUCAGGGGAGGGAACAGUCUUAAGACAGACGAGCAUGCAGCUGCGUUUUAUCUACAUUCACAUCUCUUUGCAUGGUAUUAAGUGUUCACAAUAGCUCUGUGUGAACAGAUACUGUUCGUAAAUACAGUAUGUACAAUGAUUAUUGUACAAAGACCAAGUUUAGCGUACACAGAGACGGUGCUGAGUAGAGCGUUCAUGUAUUGUUUGAUAGCUGCGAGAUCCCACCCCCGACUUUCUCAGAUUUUUAAGGAUGCGGCUAAAAACACUGCUGUGCUGCCUGCUAGUUCAGAGUCUGUCACAGCCCCUCCAUGUUAACACAUUAACACAAAUUAGAAAACAGUUACACACUGUUACUUCAAAUGACUAAUUAAUACACAUAUUCAGUCCAGUGUGCCAUGUAGAGUUGCGUCAAAUGAAACAUGAAGGUUGAAGUAGGAAGUGAAAAUGAUCAUUUUCUAUAAUCGACCAAUGGUUAUGAUUUAUUGAAAUCAGCUGACGUUAUUAAAGGUGCAGUGUGUAAGAUUUAGAUGAAAGGGUUCUAUUUGGCGGGGUAGAGCGGUCGUCCUCCAACCAGAAGGACAGCAGUUCAAUCCCCAGUCUUCCCCAUCUGCAUGCCAAAGUGUCCUUGGGCUAGAUAAUGGUGAACCCCCUCAUAGAACAGAAAAAGUGCUGCCAAUGAUGCACUGUGUGAAUGGCAAACUGUACUGUAAAGCACUCUGAGUGGUCAUCAAGACUAGAAAAGCUCUUUAUAAAUACAAACCAUUUACCAUUUAUUGGCAGAAAUUCAAUAUAAAAUAAUCCUCAUGAUGUUUUCACGAGUGUGUUUCAUCUAAAUUGUAUGAAUUGUUGUUUU